AUUUAUUUUAUAAUAUAUGUUAUAAAAUCAAUGGUUAAAUUAAUAAUGUAUUAUAAUUUCUCUACGAAAAAACAGUAAUCUUUUUGAUAGUAUGUAUUCUUUAAUUACACAGUAUUAUGGUAUUUUGAACAUAAGUUCGUCACUCGACACAGUGUCAUAUGAAGUUUAACAACGCCAUCUAUUUGGCCAUAACAUUAAUAUCUUAGCAGGUAUUGAUUAUUUUAGUUACAUUAUUGGACGAAUACCUAGAAACCUUAUCAAUAUGUUAUCAUAUAAAAUAAACAUCAGAUGUAGAUUAAGCACUAUUUAGUCAAAUUGAAUUAACCAUUACCUGAAUGAAAUAAAAGGUACUUAAAAAUGAAACCAGAUAAUUCAGAUAAUAACCAUAUACACAAUGAACUAAACAAUGGAUUGAAAACUCAUAUGUUUUGGAUAUUUGGUUAUGGAUCUUUGAUGUGGAAAACCAAUUUUCCAUUCAUCAAGAAAUAUCCUGGUUAUAUUAAAGGAUACACAAGACGGUUUUAUCAGUUUAGCCCAGAUCAUAGAGGAACCAAUGACUUACCUGGGAGAGUAGUAACCCUCUUACCAUCAACUGAUGAAAAUUGUGUAUGGGGUAUAGCAUAUGCAAUCGACAGCCGAGAUAUAGAUGAUGUUUGUGCAGGGUUGGACUUACGUGAGCGUGCAGGUUAUACCAAGAAAGUGAUACAAUUCCAUACAAAAAUAAAUGAUGAUCAAAUACCAUCUGAAGUAACAGUGUAUAUAGCUGACGAAAACAAUGAGUGGUAUGCUGGUGAAGCAUCUGUUCAACAAAUAGCUUCCAGAAUAGCAGCGUGUAGUGGAACUAGUGGACCAAAUCCUGAAUAUGUGUAUCGAUUAGCAGCAGAAAUGAGAAGAAUAGCUCCAGGAGAAGAUGAUGGACAUUUAUUUGAACUUGAAACUCUCCUGCGAAUUAUAGAAAGUAGUUAAUAUAACAUUUGAUAGUAUAAAUCAGACAUUUUGUUUAUUAUUUCUUAUAUAAUCUGUAUAAU